AUGGAUGAAAAUCAAAACAACACAGAUGGCAUUUGGUGUAAUGUUGAAGGAAGCGACUGGAUGUUCACUGUGGUUCCAGUGUACAUCCUGGUCAUCAGUGUGCUGGGAAUUAUCCUGAAUGUGUUUGUGUUGAUGGUUUUGGGCCUCCACAAGAAGGCCUGUACAGUGGUCGAGAUAUAUUGGAGCAACCUGGCUGCUGCUGACCUCUUUCUGAUGUCUAGUUUACCCUUCUGGGCUUUGAAUGUAGCAAAGAAAUAUGACUGGAAACUUAGUAAAACCAUGUGCAAACUGAUCCCCUUUUCCAUCACCAUGAAUACCUACUGCAGCAUCUGCAUCCUUGUUCUGGUUAGCAUUGACCGAUAUUUGGCACUGGUGCGUCCACUGACCAGUGCACGAAUACGGAAGCCAUUUUGUGCCAAACUGGCUUGUGUAGUGGUGUGGGGUGUAUGCUUUUUCUUGAAUGUCCCAGCACUCAUCUUCAGGGAAGUUCUACAUUUCCCUGAGGGAAAUUUUAGCAGAUGCAAUCAUAAUGUUUCAAGUCCCACGAUGUAUCUGGCGUAUCAAGGGAUUUCUGUAUUUAGCUUCAUCAUCCCCAUUUUUAUUAUUUCCUUCUGCACUGUCAAAAUAAUUCACACUCUGAGAAAGAGGUUGAACAUUCAGAAAAUGGAGCAGAAGGCCAUCAUUCUGAUCCUGGUGGUCUUCCUGGCAUUCCUGAUCUGCUGGGUGCCGUACCACGUGGUUCAGAUACUAGACUUGCUCAGUAGACUUAACAUUGUGGGACUGUGUACGACUCACCUGAACUUCUUUCACCUGAUCUUCACCUAUUUAUCCUUAUUGAACAGUGUUCUCAAUCCCAUUCUCUAUGUCAUUGUAGGGAAAAAUUUCCAGACAAAAGUUAAGGAAUUAUUUAGGCAGAUGAGCACAAAGCUGUCAAGAUGUCUUUAA